AUGUGGUUGUCCUAUUUUCUGGUGAUCUUUUUGCUUGAACUCUUUGUCGGCCAGAAUGAAGGUGUCGAUAGUCCACAUAAGGACACGGCUCUCUUUGACGAGUUUAACGCACACUUUGCUCACUUCUACAGGUCCGCUGAGGAGUAUGAGACGGCGCUGGAGCACUUUCACAAGAAUCUGGCUCUUCUCGGGGCUGACCACGCGCAGAACCUCAGUCACCUCCGCGACAUUCUCGAGCGCACGGAGGGGUCAGUUAAAUACGGCCUCAACCCCACUCUUAACCGCGAUAUCAGCCAGAAUGGGUACGUGCCGAUUGAUCCUGCUGACAUGAUUGAUCUAAGCACCCCCUGGCGCCGGUUCUCCUUCUCGGUCAAGCGGCUCUUGCUCAAACUUAGUCGCUCUACGUCUGGGGGCCUUGAAAAUGAUGAUGAUUACUGCAAAAAGAACUUUCGUCUUCGUGAUAACCCGCUACGUACAUUCUCCUCGCCUCCUCUUUCAGUGGAUCUGCGAGAACUUGGUUUGAUCGAUCUAGCUAGAAAUCAGGGUUUUUGCGGCUGUUGCUGGGCAAUGGCUUCUGCUGCGCUUUACGAAAUAUCAGUUCGCUCAACAAGGAACUACUUUCAGUCUGACUCUGCCGUUGAUGGCGCUUUCAAGGAUCCUCACUUCAAAGCUUCAGAGCAGUACAUUAUGAACAAGUCAUAUCAAUCCAAUAAUUAUUGUCAAGGUGGCAAUUAUGUAACAGUUUCUCGCGACUAUGCUGUCCACCAGGAGCUGGAUACGCUUGAGUCUCUAACUAAUUUCCCUUUUGAAUCCUUCCAACUGACUACUAAUCCUGACAAUAUAAAAAGAGAUGCACAAAUGAAAGUCAAGAACGCAUUUGUCCCUGGUAAUACGGUAACUGUGGCUAGUUGUCCAGCAGCUAUUUUCCGCGUUUAUGACAGUGGUGCUGCCGACAGUGAUUUCAAGAGCUCCGUCAAGGUUGCAAAGUCUCUCCUUGCGCGUGGAAUCCCUAUUGUUAUUACUAUGAGUACUGUCGCCAAUGGGAAAGAAGAGACGCAGAAGGCCAUGCAAUCCUACAAGUCAGGUAUCCUUGACGUUCCUUGCACCAACAACGUUAUAGACCACCAGGUGAUAAUAGUGGGCUAUGGAAGAAAGAAUGGGGUUGACGUUUGGGUUGUUCGCAACUCCUGGGGUGAACGCUGGGGCAGCAAAGGGCACUUCUAUGCUCCAAUUGGGAAGAACUCACUGUGCACCGAACAGCAAAUGUACACAGAAAUACCAAGAUAUUUUCCUCUGAAUAAAAAGGCUGCAGAUCAGUUGUAUGCUAAUAGAGCGUCUUCGCUUAAAGACAAUGUCUGGGACAAUAUUCUUCAACGAGGGAAUGAGAACUCUUUAGAUGUCGACCCAGUCCGCAACUCUAUAUCUUCGAAGAGUGGAUCUAUUAUAAUAGCACUUGUGUUCAUUCCAAUUGUCGUUGCAAUUGUCGCUUUGACUUCAUAUAUCUUGUGCAACAACAAAAAGAAGAAGCACUCCCAGAGGGGUGUUAAUAUCUGA